AUGCUUAUAAAAAGAAAUAAAUUUAGGAUGCAUCAAAAAGCUGUUCAACAAAUUUUGUUGGUAUUAUAUUUCCUUUUGAGUUAUAACCGAGUACAAGGAGAGAAAAUUAUGUCCAAAUCAGAAGAUGUGGAGUUAGAAAAACAACUAAAAUUCUUGAACAAACCACCAGUCAAAACUGUUAAGACCAAGUAUGGGGAUGUAUAUGAUUGUAUUGAUUUCUACAAACAACCUGCAUUUGAUCAUCCAUUGUUGAAGGAUCAUAAUUUUCAUCCAAAGAUGAAACCUACUUUAUCUAGGAUAAAGAAAAAUUCAAGUGACUCAACAACAACCUGGUCAUCGAUGAUAUGGUCGAAAGAUGAACGUUGUCCUUUUGGAACUGUUCCUAUAAAGAGAAUUACGAAAGAUGACCUUUUAAGACAAAAAUAUAUGCCGCCGCCUGAAGAUGCCAUAUUUGAUGUGAGCAACAAUAAUAGUGAGCCAAAAGGAGGAUACAUAUCUUCACAAGGAUAUCAGGUCGCAAUAGCACGAACUUUGACUAAUCCAAAUAACAAAUUUACGGGAGCUGGAAUGAUAACUAAUUUUUACAAUCCUCGUGUUGAAGAUGGUCAACAUAGUGCAUGUCGAUUAAAAAUUCAGAAAGACUCAGAUAUCAUACAAGUUGGUUGGAGAGUGGACCCAACAUUAUAUGGGGACAGUAAAACUAGACUUUUUAUACAUUCUCAGUUUGGUAAAACAGAUUGUUUCAAUACUCUAUGCCCUGGAUUUGUGCACGUAGACACUGGGACACCUCUUGAUAUGUCAUAUAUGGAUAGUCUUACACACCGUGGAGUCGAUGGAUAUGAGGAAACAAUGUACAUUGAACGGGAUUCAGUCAAUGGAAAUUGGUGGCUUUUAUUGUCAAGCGACUAUGCACAAGUUGGUUUUUGGCCUCAAAGAAUCUUUACUGGCUUGGCAAGCUUUGCUACGAAUGUUGAAUGGGGUGGAGUCGUGUAUAGUCCACCAGGUGUACCUAAACCUCCCAUGGGAUCAAGUUUUUUUCCCAUCAGAAAUAAUCUUUGUGACGCAUUUUGUAGAAGUAUUACAGUUCUAAACAAGAAUGGAAAGACAAUUCAAGUAGACAAAGUGACCACACAUGUUGAUAAUCCUAAUGUGUACAAGGUUUUAUUCGAACGACUUGGAAAUGAUAAAGAGUCCUACCUUUUUUUUCUUUACGGGGGACCUGGUGAGAGUGCACAAGUCUAG